AUGGCCAUCCUCCGCUACGUCGCCGCCACGCUGUUACUGUGGACAGCGGUGAUUCUGCAUGCCGGUGGCCAGCAGACUGAGAGUCCCUCGGUGAGCGUCGAGACGGGCGCCACGACUUUGGGCGCCUCCACGGUCGGCCCGACGCCGGUUGUGCCGUCAGGGGGCCGGCGGCCAUCUUGGGUGACGAGCACAGACCCAGGCUGCCGCAAGCGCGUCGUCUGCGAGGCGGCCAGGACCCUGACCUACGUUUUCCCGCUCACGCAGUACUGGCAGAGCGUCGUCCGCGAUAGACCGGCGACCAGAGACGACUACUUCGGUGCCUGGUCCAGGGGUCUGCUGGACGAGGACUGCUCGAACAGCUACCCGGACUGCUCGGACAGUCCGGCGGGAGUUGUCUUGCCGGCGGUCAACCAGGUUGUCGGCCCUAAGGGCUUCGUCGGUUCCUUCUUGGAUCGCCUCGCCAGGCCGAGCGCUGCCAAUGUGCCCAGGGACCCGGGCUAUGCCAGACCUUCCAUCGUCAUGCAGCGGAUACGGCAGUCCGAGUACAACUUUAGCAGACGACACAACCAUAUGUCUUCUGCUCACGCUUACACUUGA